AUCCCUCGAGACAGCCAAUCCACUCGAGACAGCCAAUUCCUCGAGACAGCCAAUCCACUCGACACAGCCAGUCCCUCGACACAGCCAGUCCCUCGACGACACUCGUUGGACGCUCGCUUUCUUCCUACGUCCCCUUGGCCUGCACCGGCCGCGCCGCGCUCCGGCUUGCACGACAAUAAAGAUAGUGAAUAGCCGGCCUACUGCAUGACCGCCAACUGCGCUCUGGACCCCUGCGCUGCACCAUGGCAAAGUGGCGAUAUGGCGUGGUCCUCGACGCCGGGUCCUCUGGGACGCGCGUCCACGUGUACCGCUGGCUGAACAGCGACGCCGCCCGCAAAGGCGCAACCGACGCCCAGCUGCGCGCCCUGCCCGUCAUCGAGACGGACAAGAAGUGGACCAAGAAGAUCCACCCGGGCAUCUCGACUUUCGGCGACCACCCGCACCAUGUCGGGCCCGACCACCUCGACAAGCUGCUCAGCCACGCGCUCAAGCACAUCCCGGCCGACGCCGUCGCCGACACGCCGCUGUUCCUGCUCGCGACGGCCGGCAUGCGCAUCCUGCCGUCCGUGCAGCGCAGCGACGUGCUGCGCGAGGUCUGCGACUACGUGCACAGGAACACGCGCUUCCAGCUGCCCGACUGCGGCCUCCACGUGCAGGUCAUCCCGGGCGAGACAGAGGGCCUGUACGGCUGGAUCGCGGCCAACUACCUGCUGGGCGGCUUCGACGAGCCGCAGCGCCACGACCACGGCAACGGCCACACCACGUAUGGCUUUCUGGACAUGGGCGGCGCCUCGGCCCAGAUUGCGUUUGCGCCGAACGCGACAGAGGCCGAGAAGCAUGCAGACGACCUGACGCUCAUGCGCCUGCGCACUGUCGACGGCACGCCGCUGGAGUACAGGGUGUUCGUGACGACCUGGCUGGGCUUUGGCGUCAACCAGGCACGCCAGCGCUACGUCAAGGCCCUCCUCGACGCGACCUCGUCCAAAGAGCUCCCCGAUCCGUGCCUGCCUGCUGGGCUGGAAGUCGACGUCACAAAAGAGGGCAAGUUCGUCGAGAUGGAGUCCGACAACGACGACGACGACGACGACGACGACGAAGAGACGCCCGCCGCCGCCAAGCUACACGGAACCGGAAAGUUUCAGGAGUGUUUGCACCAGACCUUCCCGCUGCUGGAGAAGGAGAGGGAGUGUCUGGACGAGCCGUGUCUGGUGAACGGGCAGCACGUCCCCGCCAUCGACUUCCAGGUCAACCAUUUCGUUGGUGUAUCCGAGUACUGGCACACAACCCACGACAUGUUCGAGGGCAAGCACAAAGACAAAGCCUACGACUUCAAGACGUACCAAGAGCGCGUCAGCGACUUCUGCAACCAGGACUGGAAACACAUACAAAAGGGCAUCGACAAGGGCAAGUGGGGCAAGAAGGUCGACGAGGAAAAGGCCCGCGAAGUCUGCUUCAAAGCCUCCUGGAUCAUCAACAUGCUACACGACGGCAUCGGUGUCCCACGCGUCGGCAUCGAGCCGCUCCCCUCCACAAACACCACCAAAGCCGCCCUCGAUUCCGCAAGAGAAAAGGGCUUUCUCGACCCCUUCCAAGCCGUCAACAAGAUCAACGACGUAGAGGUAUCCUGGACGCUCGGCAAGAUGGUGCUCUACGCCGCCUCCGAGAUUCCCCCGCCGGACGACAAAGCCCUGGCCGUCGGCUUCGGCGCAAACGAACCCGGUAUACCAAAGGACUUCCAGUACCCCGGGGGCAACUACCUCCCGUGGCAGCACGACCCGCUGGACGGCGACAACUGGCACCGCUUGUUCGUCGAGUACCCCAGCCGCAUCCCUGCGCUGCUCGUGUUCCUCGUCAUCCUCGUCGUCAUCAUCAGCAUCAUCCUAGGCAAGGAGAAGCGCGCCCUCGUCCGCUCAUACCUCUCCACCCUGCUCAAGCGCAAAGCAGGCAGAACCCAUGCCCCGCCCAAGGGCAAGCGCCGCGGCUUCCUGCCCUCGAAACUCUUCGGCCUCGGCGCCAGCACGCAGAACUACGAGCGCGUCGACGCCGGCGAGUCCGGCCUGACCCCCAACGAAUUCGAGCUCGAGGAGACCUAUCUCGACUCCUCAGACGACGACGACCGCCACUUCUCAGACGACAGCGAGGCUAGCAGGGUCGGUCGCACCAGCGGCUGGGCUACGCCGCAGAUCCAGACCACCGAGCCCCCCGCCCCGGGCUACUUUGGUGGCCAGCCUGAUGUCGUCUCCGCGGGGCAGGCGCUGGGGUUGACGCCCAUUAAUGCUAUUGACCGCGGCGGACUGCUGUCGCGGACCGAUAGCCGCGAGCGGAUAAGGAGUCGCGCGAGUAGUCCGAAGAGGGCGCGGAGUAAGAUGGGGAGUCUGGACGAGUGAGCGAGAACGAUUCAUGUGUUUGGUCUUGCAUAUGCGCGGCGUUUAAUUGGUGUCACGGUAGACGGGUGCUGCUCUGAAGGUUCAUCUGGGUUCGGUGUUGGGGUUGGUGUUGAUUUUGGUGUUGGUGUUGGUGUUCGUGUUGGUGUUGGUGUUGAUGUUGGUGUUGGUGUUGGUGUUGGUGUUGGCUGUCUUGGUCUGGUGAUCGGGGUUUCGAUCGGUUCUACGACUAACGUUGAUGAGUGUCGCUAUACUUCGAUAUCAUAUCA